UACAACUUGGCUUCGAAGGAUUGUACAGUUGUUGUCCCGAAUUCGGACAGUUGUUCACCCAGAAGUCUAAUUUAACCAGGUGAUUGAGCACCUGGACUGUAUUCUGUUAGUUUUUAUACAAGCUUUUCUUUUGUUCUGUCAAUUGAGAAAUGGAACCAAAGAAUAUGAAGAAAAUGCUUUCGAGUUUUCUGAAAUCCGAGCCGAGCCUGCGGUUCCCCGACAAUUGUUCUUCGUCGGAGGAAAGUUUUGUGAUGAAGAGAGAGCCGGCGAGCUCUGGUUUUCUUCUCGGGUCUCCGGGAAAGUUUGCUCCGGUUUCACCAUACGCAAUGUCGCCGUGGAACAACGGGUCUCCGUCGCCGGGAGCUCUGUCUCCAUGGCAGUCGCCGGUUGUAGGUCCUUUGUUGGAUGGGCGGUCAUAUGGAUGCAUUGGCACCAUGGUCAGACAAGACGGCCAUGUUUAUGCGCUUGCGAUUUCGUCUGGCGGCGGCCUUCUCUACACGGGGUCCGAGAGCCAAAACAUUCGUGUAUGGAAGCAGCCGAAUCUGUCCGAGAAAGGAUGCUUGAGAUCCGGAACAGGGUCCGUGAAGGCUAUUGUGACAGUCGGCGACAGAGUUUUCAGUGCGCACAGCGACCACAAGAUUCGUAUAUGGAGAAAGGGGAAAAGAAUGGGGACGCUACCGACGGUGAAGGAUCAGCUUCAGAAUUCUGUUGAUCCCAGAAAUUUCGUUCAUGUUCGUCGGCAUCAUAAGGCUCUGUGGAUCAAGCACGUUGAUGUGAUUUCUUCCCUGGCUGUGAACGAGGAACAGGGUGUGUUGUAUUCGGGAUCGUGGGAUAAGACUGUUAAAGUAUGGAGGAUGUCCGAUUGGAAAUGUGUGGAGUCGAUUCAGGCUCACCACGAUGCUGUCAAUUGUCUGGCCGUCGGACCUGGUGAGUUGCUCUUCACCGGUUCCGCCGACUGUACGGUUAAGGUAUGGAGAAGGUUUAAGGGCAAGCAUGUUCUAAUCCAGACUCUGGAUCUUCAGCACUGUGCUGUAAAUGGGGUCGCCGUGAGUCCCGAUGGAGGGAUUCUGUAUGCCGGUUCGGCUGAUGGGAUUGUCAAUUACUGGGUUAAAGAGAAGACUUCGAGCUUUUUUCGGGACGGGGGAUUUAUUCGGGGGCACAGGUUUGCUGUUCUGUGCGUUACAACGGUUUCGAAUCUUGUGUUCAGUGGUUCGGCGGAUAAGACUUUACGGGUGUGGAGAAGGGAUGCCGGUGAUUUUCAUACCUGUUUGGCAGUGCUGGAGGGCCAUGGCGGACCCGUCAAAUCCAUCGCAGCUACCAUGGAUGUUUUGAAUGGUUCUGCUUGUGUUUAUAGCGGAAGUAUGGACCGUUCGGUGAAAGUGUGGAGGAUUCAGUGUGACAAUGCGGGUCCUCAGAUAAAUCCCGUGCUGUCGCCCGCCUGGGUCCAACAGAAGUUGGGACACUAGGAGCCUCUCGUAAUUGAAGGGUUCCUUCAGCAUUUGUGAUAAAAAGGGCUCCUGCAAAUCAUGCCAUGAAAAUGAAAGAAAUGGACUAUGGAAAAAGAGAUGCUGUUGGUAUUGGGGAUUUCGGCCAUUGAAUGCCAGGUUGAGGAGAACGUAUUUUGUCGACAUCUGAAAGGCACACCGGCGGACCAAUCAGGAGCAAGUGAAUAAUUGUUUGUUGGUAUGAAUUUUCGUUAUCUGAUAGCUGUACCUUCAGGAAAACGCCACCGAAAAGCGUAAAUGCUACAGACAGAGAGGACAGGGUUAGAUUCUCGGUGAAUUUGAUGGAGUGGAUUGAUGGUUUUGUUCAAAUAUAGACUUUUUUUAACUUCAUUGAUUUAUUUGAAAGAAACUUCUCGUAUAAAUGAAUUCUUUUGUAUACUCAAUUACUUCAAACCAAAGAUAUUGGUAUUAUGUAUAUAAUUGAGUUGUAUCCAUAGAAACCUCCACCUGUAUCGCCAAGCCAUGAGGGAAGAUAUCUGGACAAAAAACUUGUAGAGUUUUAGCCAUGAAUAAUUGGCUGCAAAAAAAACAUUCAAUAUCCUUUAUAAAACCACUUGUAAAAGAAGGGGAGAUGUAUUGGAUCGCUAUCGACUUGUUGAAAUGUCUGUUUGGCGACCAACUUCGA